AUGGCAGAAAGACUUCUUUGCACCAAUUGUGGAAAACGAUACAAAAACCGGAAUUCCUUAGAUUGCCAUAAAAGGUUUGAUUGCGGCAAAGAGAAAAAAUUCAAAUGUGAUGUUUGUGAUUAUUCAACCAAGCGGGUACAUGCACUAAAGAAACAUAUGAAGUCCAGGCAUGAUAUAAUGAAGAUAAUGCUCAAUGGUAAUAGCCCUUUUGCAUGUACACUCUGUCAAAAACGAUUUGGUACUAAUUCCAACCUGAAAAGACAUAUGAGUCAUAUCCAUUUUAGAGAACAAGCAGAGAUUUUACACUGUUAUAAGUGUAACUAUAAAACAUCAAGGAAAGAUAAUUUAAAGGCCCAUUCUAUUUACUGCAAAAAAAUUAAAUCAUAUUCUAUUUAUUUCAACUCUGCUUAAUAUUGAUCAUUUCGAAUUCUGCUUGUUUGUUAAUUUACUCAUUGAAUUUACGUUAAGUUUCUAGUAAGCUGUCAUGAUCUCUGUUCAGUCUGAACCACACAUUUUUCCUCAUUUUUAAUUUUAUAUAACUAAAGAAUUUUCUUUAAUAUAUAAUAACUACUUGAAAAUAGCUUUUAUUUUUAACAGUAGAUCAUAAGAGGCUGCCGGGUUGUUUUGUUUCCGAUAAGCCUUAGUGCAAUACAUUAGAAUAUUUAAAUUAUUCUAUUGUAAUUUACUAGUAACCGGAUCUUUUAUUACA